ACCGUCAACCGGCGCGUGGACUCGACGCGUCGGUACGCUACGUGUCCUCUCUGCCGCGCUGAUCUUAUUCCCGUACCGGGCGAAUCUAUAAUUCAGAUACCUGGUUUAUCCAACGAUCUUCCCGGUUCCGAUCCGACCGGUGAUCGGAUUAGAGUUUUGGGUUCACCAGACGCGCGGUUGAUUGAUUCAGUGGCGUUGACUUGUAACCAGAGCAUGCCACGUAGGUCAAUGUCUACCGGAAGGAGUUUAGCCGGAAUAUUUACCAAUCCUGAUGGGACCGGUCAACAUUUGCAAAAUCUCGACCGGUUCACACUUAAAUUACCGCAAAAUAUUCACAACAAAAUACUGCAUCCCAGCCUUUCAAAAGGCCACGCGGCGUUACCGCAGGUAAUGAGUUCAGCGAGAGGAUACAGAACCGGAAGCUUAGGAAGCGAGCGAAAUUAUUUCUACUAUGAACGGUUCGACCACCAAGAUGGCCGGUUAGACCGUAGACCAUUCUCGAUAACUCCUCCGUACCGGACAGGCUCGAUCAAUAAUAACACGUCUCCUCCAGACGGCAGUAGCGAUCAGGUGCAUGCUGGUUCACCCAAAAGUUUGUUACUAGCGAUUAUAUCACCGUUCGAUCGGUUGUUUCUUGGAAAGAACAACAACAACAACAACAACGUUGGUGAACGUUCGUCGGAUCACCUUCGUUCCGGCGAUGCUACUCCGUCACAUACUGUGUAAAUUGGUUAUUAAUAAGAACGUCUCUUGUACAUAAUUUUUGUUUUUUCUGCAUUCUUCGUUUUUGGUUUUUUAAACGUUACGGAACAAUCGAACAUACGAGGUC